AUGAAGACCAUUGUCAUCCUCGGUACCGGCGUUGCCGCCGCCGCCGUUAUCCGGCAGACUAUGAAGUCGUCGGUGCUGCCGCGCCGCGACACCCGCAUGAUCGUUGUCAGCCCUAGCACACACUUCCUCUGGCCGAUUGCCAUGCCCCGCGCCAUUGUUCCUGGGCAGUUUACCGACGACAAGUUCCUUUUUCCCCUGCCGCCCACGUUCGCUGGCUACCCCGCCGACCAGUUCGAAUUCGUCCUCGGUACCGCCAGCGCCCUCGACCCGGACGCCUGGACGGUCCAGGUCGCCCUCGAAAACGACGGCGGCGUGCGAGCCGUGGCGUACGACGUGCUGGUGGUGGCGACCGGCACCGCCUCACGCGACGACAUGCCGUGGAAGCCGCUCGCGACGACGGAGAGCACGGUGGCGGAACUCCGCCGUGUGCAGGCGCAAAUUGCGGCGGCGGAGACGAUUGUGGUGGCCGGCGGAGGCACGACCGGCGUGGAAGCGGCGGGGGAGCUGGGGUAUGAAUAUGCGCGCAGCGGCAGGAAGAAGGUGUAUCUUGUUCACGAUGGCGCGCUCCCGCUGUCGGCGUCUGCGCUGCCUUCGGUGCGGAAGCAGACGCGGGUAGAGCUGGAGAAGCUCAAGGUCCGGAUGGUGCCCAACAGCAAGGUGACCAAGGUGACCAGGUCGGGGGACGACACGGUGCUGGAGCUCACAGCGGCGGACGGCAGCAAGAGCAGUCUCGUGACGCAGGCGUACGUGCCCGCGCUCGGCGUCGUGCCCAACACGGCGUUUGUGCCCGACCACAUGCUGGACAAGGGCGGCUACGUGAAGCAGACGACGACGCUGCAGGCCCAAGGUCAUGCGGCCGUGUUUGUCAUUGGCGAUGCGGGCAGCCUCGAGGCCAACAAGGCGGCGGUGGCGGACGCGCAGGCUCGGCACCUGAUUGCGGCACUGCCGGUGUAUUUGGAGGGAAAGACGUUGCCAGAGUACACGCCGGCGGACAAGGAGGUGUUUGCCGUGACGCUGGGACGGGGUCGUGGCACCGGGCAGAUGGGGAGAUGGAAGCUUCUCAGCUUUUUGGUGUGGUUCCUCAAAGGACGGUUCUUGGGGACGGAUUAUGCGGAGCAUGUGGCGGCGGGUAAGAGGACGCUGACGACCAAGUUUGAGUAG